CCUUUUAAAAGACGGCGAAUCUUAACUUGCGAAAAUUCCGCACUCUAAAUAUUUACAAGCUGGAAUGCAUAAAACUAAAUUCCCCCAUAAAUCAAGAAGCCAGCGGAUAGCAACUACGUACUUAAUGUAAAUGUAAGCGGCAACAAAGCGCCGACUUAUCGUUUCAAAAAGAACCCAGCAUAAACAGGCUACACCGACAUGUCGUCAAUUUUUGGAGGUCUAGGUGGGACUAUAUAAUGUCGGUAAGCCCGGCUAGAAAUCACAGCAGUUGGGGAAUUUGCAAAAUGGACAAAUCGCCAAGUAAACCAGGAUCGCUUUUGCUACUGUUUUUACUGAGCAUUUCUUUGGGAGAUUCCAUGCCCCUGGAGGACAUGGACUCCCAGGAAAUGAUUGACUUGACCGAUCUUGGGGAUACUGUCUUCGGCAAUCCGGAUGUAGAGACCACUGGAGCUUUGGUCGAGGCACUCGAUGUGGAAUCAUCGCAGAAUCCCGAGGAGCUGGGCACCUACCACGAAGGUGACAUCCUGAUUCCACUCAGCUACAGGGACGCCCGAUCCAAUGGCACCCGUAAUGGAAUUUUGGCGCUGAGCUCCCGCUGGCCGGGCGGCGUCGUGCCCUACGAGAUCAAAGGACCUUUUACAAGCCAGGAAUUGGGGAACAUUAACCACGCUUUUAAGGAAUACCACACCAGAACAUGCGUGCGCUUCAAGCCCAGGACCACCGAAAAGGAUUACAUCUCCAUUGGUAGCGGAAAGUCUGGCUGUUGGAGCAGCAUUGGGCGCUUAGGUGGUCGCCAGGAAGUGAAUCUGCAGUCGCCCAACUGCCUGCGUACAUACGGCACUCCGAUCCACGAGCUGAUGCACGCCUUGGGCUUCUUCCAUGAGCAGAAUCGCCACGAACGCGAUUCCUAUGUGCGGGUGAUGAAGGACAACAUUAAGCCCGAGAUGAUGGUCAACUUCGAGAAGUCCAGUUCCAGGACACAGUACGGCUUUGGCGUGGAGUACGACUAUGGCAGUGUGAUGCACUACUCACCCACCAGUUUCACUCGGAAUGGCCAGCCCACGUUGAAGGCACUGCGGGCCACAUUAGAUGCCAGCCAGAUGGGUCAACGCAAGGGUUUUUCCGCCGGAGAUGUGCGCAAGAUCAACGCGAUGUACAAGUGCAAGGUAUAGAUCACAUCUCCAUUCGAAGCUAACAAACAGUAUUUUGACAAACAUAAAUAUUUAUCAUC